CGUGAGCAGAACUCGGUUCCGCUUCGUUUUGCUCCUCCUCUCCUUUUCCCGGUUGUGCGCGCGGUGUCCGUCGAGCUGUGUGCGCGCGGGCUGUCAUUGAGGGACACGGCAGCCUCACGUGUUUGACCUUUUAUUUAGGAUUGUUCUUCCGGUCGUUGCUCGCUUAGUCGAAGCUUUGUUAGAGUCGACUUCAGGCGGUGCGUCAGACGCGUCUCUCCGCGGGGGGGUUUAUUCUGGUUAAUAUUCAGUUUAUUAUUCUAGGUUUUUAUUCGAGUUAUUAUUCAGUUAUAUUUAUUAUAUUUUUUUUAUUCUGGUUAUCAUUGGGAGUUUACCUUUUACCUCGGGGUGAAUACAUGUGGAUAUAUCAUCAGCUUACAAUAAAAGAGGCUGAGCGUUCUUCCUCCUGAUGGAGCUUCUCUGGAUGGUGCUGCUGCUGGAGGUGGUCCUCAUGUCCUCUGCUGCUAGAGGUCCCCCCCGGGUGUCGGAGCGGGUGGCCCACCGUCAGAGCGUGCGUCUGGGUCGCACCGUGAAGCUGCCCUGCCCCGUGGAGGGCGACCCGCCGCCGCUCAUCAUGUGGACCAAAGACGGCCGCAACAUCCACAGCGGGUGGAGCCGCUUCCGGGUGCUGCAGCACGGGCUGCGCGUCAAGGAGGUGGAGACAGAGGACGCGGGGACGUACGUCUGCAAGGCCACCAACGGGUUCGGCAGCGUCAGCGUCAACUACACGCUCAUCGUCAUCGAUGACUCCAGUUCGAGAGGCGGAGCCGGGGCGGCCGCCGUCGGCUCCGAACACGCCACCGAGCUGGCAGGAAAACUGGUGCCUCCACGUUUCACGCAGCCCUCCAAGAUGAGGAAGCGGGUCAUCGCCCGCCCGGUGGGCAGCUCGGUGCGCCUCAAGUGCGCGGCCAGCGGGAACCCGCGGCCCGACAUCGUGUGGCUGAAGGACGGCCGGCCGCUGGAGGACGAGGACGCCGCGGGGGGGGAAGGGGACGGGAAGAAGAAGAAGUGGACUCUGAGUCUGAAGAACCUGAUGCCCAAGCACAGCGGGAAGUACACCUGCCAGGUGUCCAACAGAGCCGGAGAGAUCAACGCCGCCUACAAGGUGGAAGUCAUACAGCGCACCAACUCCAAGCCCGUCCUGACGGGCACGCACCCUGUCAACACCACGGUGGACUACGGGGGCACCACGUCCUUCCAGUGCAAGGUCCGCAGCGACGUCAAGCCGGUCGUCCAGUGGCUCAAAAGAGUGGAGCCCGGGGACGAGAGCCGCUUCAACUCCACCAUAGAGGUGGGGGACCAUCGCUUCGUGGUCCUGCCUACGGGGGAGGUGUGGUCUCGCCCCGACGGGUCCUACCUCAACAAGCUGCUGAUCAUCAGGGCCAAGGAGGAGGACGCCGGCAUGUACAUCUGCCUGGGAGCCAACACCAUGGGCUUCAGCUUCAGGAGCGCCUACCUGACGGUGCUACCAGAUCUGAAGCCCCAAAACAACGCCGUCCCCACGGCAACGUCCCCCAGCCUCCCCUGGCCCGUCAUUAUCGGGAUUCCUGCAGGUGUCGCCUUCAUCCUAGGCACCGCCCUGCUGUGGUUCUGCCAAUCAAAACGCACCUGCUCCUCCUCCUCCUCCUCUGCUCUCCCCGCCGCCCAGCGUCCACCGGCGGCGACCAAUCGGGACCGAGCCGGCCCGGCGCCGCCUCCUCAGCCGGCCCCCGGGGAUAAGGACUGUCUUUCGUACGAGGACUACGUGGGCCAGCAGCAACAGCUGCUGCUGGCUCAGGGGGGCGCCGCGGGAGCCCCCAAGGUCUACCCUAAGAUCUACACGGACAUACACACGCACACGCAUUCGCACGUGGACGGGAAGGUGCACCAGCACCAGCACAUCCACUACCAGUGUUAGCCCAGCGCUGCCAGAUGGAGCUCAGGAGGUCACGAGGUCACGCCGCUCGUCCUCCUGCGGCCACGGAACUCAUUCAGGACUCAAACAAUGAAGAAUGUAAAGAGAGAGAAGACAAACAGUGCUGUUUUCAGGUCAAUCAAAAACCCCAAAAAGUGUUUUAUUGUAUAUACAAACUAUUUUUGUAUUUUCAAACCCUUCCUUUGUUUCACUCAAACGCGUCCUCUAGUACUUCGGAUGCAACCACAACCUCCUCCGUUACAGUUGAACCCGCUCGCCUGCGCUGUGACAUAAUAAACCUCAUCCCGGCUGAUCUAUAAGGAACAAUAGAGCAGGUAUGUGAUUGAUUUCCAGUUCUAACCCAGCGACCAACGGAGCCGUGAAAACACACAAAUCACGGCAGCCUCCGCUUCUCCUGCGUCAAGUUAAAAUGUCCCGCUGCUACGUGAGCUGCGUGCAUCUCUCUGCCGUUCAGUGUCCUGCGGAAAGGCUUUCAUUUCCUCCUCGUCUUCGUUCGAGGACGACGCUUCUUCAUCACCAACUCCUCGGUGCGAACAGGCGCCUUCUGACAAAGGUUUCACCGUUUCACGGGUCGGAUUAUUGGUCACAGAUCCUUGUUGGUCUCCAGUGAGAUUUAGAGGAAAGAUGGGCAAUCAAACAUUUGAGGUCAAAUGAGGGAAUUCUGCUUUAAACUAACACAGGUAUCCGUAUGGAAGACAUUUCCUGCCAGAUCAUCUACUAAAAGCUCCUCCUGUUACCACAGAUUGGAUUAAUCAAAUCUCCCUGUGUUGAUUCGCUCAUUGGCAAUUUGCCUGUUAAUUACAUUGACAUCCUAGAUAAUGAGUUUUGAUUUUAAGCAUUUUCUGUCCUUGAUGCCACUUGAAUGGAGUCCUUAAUAAUUGUUAUUAAAUCAAAGGCCCUAAAGGGUCCGAAGGGGGAAAGUUAUGGUGGAUCCUCAGAGGCACAAAGAUGAAACGGUUUGGCUAUAAAACGUGUUUCUGAAAAGCAACCAGUCAUCUGCAAACGGGGUGAAGAAGAGUGAUUGAGGGGUGUUGAAGGCCACUUUAUGCUGACAUCACAGAUCUGUGACCUAUAAAGAGGUCACACACGUUGACUCGUUGGUCACAUGAGAGCUUUUUCUCUGCAGACCUGCAAACAGGACGAAAGUACAACAGGGAGAACGUUGACAGGUGACAGGAAGUGACAUAUUGAGAGGCCGCUGUUAUGUAGAACAUAGACAUUUGUCAAUUAUUUCACUCUCUGGAUGAGAAGACUUUUGAGGAGCCUCUGAAACAAAGGCGUGAAUUAACGUCUUAACCCCAACGAGGACGCGCUCCGUCCCGCGGCGUCCCGUCUUCUGCCCCGUGAAACGAUCCCAAAACACACGACAGAGUGAGAAAAAAACCCAACUGUCCUCACCGGAAACGAUGUGAAUGAAUGUAGGUGUUGAAAUACGGCCUCCAGUAGUUCCUUGUCCUCCCGUCUCCGCUGUGUGGAAACAUCUGUUGUGGGAGUGAACAGCUGGAGUGUCCUUUGGUCUGUGAACAGUUCGUCCUCCUCGUCGUCCUUCAUGUGAACGUUUCGUUUUAUUUUGUCAAAGCGAAGCUCAUUCAGUGAAACGACUUGGCCCACUUUACAUUAUAAAUGAUCAGUUGUCUCAAGUUUAAAAAGAAAGUUUGUAAUUUAUUUUCUUUUAAAAUUGUUUUUAUUUUCAUAUAAUUGGGCAUUAUACUGCAUGAGUGGAUUUUGUGUUGUUUAAAUCAUGAACAAAUACCAGGUUCAUGUCCUUGUAAGAUACUGUAUUUAUACGUACUGACGGAAUAUACGAAACUUUAUCGAUAAUCUUUGUAUCGACAAUCUUGUACAGUCUACUGUCAUUUAGGGGAACAUUUGGUUCUUCCCCAUGUAAUCGAGUUAUUGGUGCCAUUAAAAAAUGUAAAUCUGG